AUGGUGGUACGCGCGGCUGGAGUUGUUUGCUCCACAUUCGUUUUUCUGGUGCUGUCGAGUUUCUUGGGUAUCGUGCGGGGAGAGUUCCCGGAUUACCCGAUGACCUUCACCGACAUGAAGGUAUUGGCGGGAUACUACACAGAAGACGGAAAAGAGAUCUACGAGUGUGCAACCGAUGGGUUUUUCUAUCCGACCGACACCAUGGCCAACUCUACCGACGGUGAGGCUACGGCUUGCAUGGAGUGGAGGGCGGACGAGUCCGCGGGCUACUGCUCCGCUUGGAUCUGCAUCCAGGUUGCAGAAGUGGAGGAGUGCAACUCCGACGGAGACAGCUGUUUCGUGUCCACCAAUACCAACUCCGUCCUGUGCCAGUGCGACCUCGAGACUGCCUCUGGCCUGUAUUGUGACUCGUGGUCGUGCAAGCAAAUAGACUCUGAGGGCAGGGAGGAGUUCGAAGAGUACUAUUGCCAGCGUGAAGCCGAGUCGGGACACUAUUGCGAGGCUUGGAACGGAAACGUGACUGCUAGCGAUGAAGUCGAGGUGGUGACGUGCGAGUGCGUGGCUACUGGAACGGUGAUCACGUAUGGUCUGAAAAGCUGCAGUUCGAUAAGGGGCUGGUGCGACCUGGGAUUGUCCGUGGGCUUGGCGGGCGUGUUCGGACUCGCUGGGGCUGUGCUGGCCGGCUAGAUCGUUGGCGUUGGUUGCUUCGAGCAAGAUAUCACGAACAUGUGGGCGGUGGUGGGCAAGGUAGUCGGUGGUAUUCUUUGGUGCAUGGUGUGGGCAAUCGGCGUCGUCAUUUGGGGCGUUGUGGAUGGGGCAGUCUAUGUCGGAAUCAUGUGGGGUAUCGUUUUCCUGUUGGCGGCCUCCGGCACAGGUUUUCGGUAU